AUGAGUAAAAUUAAAGUGAUGAGCGUAACAGGUAAUCCAGAUUUAUUACACUUCAAAAAUUUGCAAUUGACUGAACGAAAAAAGACUUAUGAGAUCCAAGAAAUGCAUGAGUCUGAAUAUGAUCAUCAAGUGAAACUGCUAAAAAGGGAUGCUUCAUUGAGAAUUUAAAUUAAGAAAUUACAACCACUUUGUAACUAAGAACCGUUUACUAUGGAUGACUCAUUCAUGUCUAAAACAGUUAAAAGGCCAUUGUUAUUAAUUUAGAAUGGAACGCCUACUGUGCAUGCAAGUCGUAAAAUUAAAUUUACUCAGUCGAUGAUUAGUUAAGCUUAUGAAUCCCAAUUAAGAUUUUUUAAUUCUAAAAAGAAUACUUAUGUAUAAAUGAUGUUGUCAAUUGAUGACUAACUCUAUCCAGUUAUAAUUGAAUUAUUUAAUGAGUUUGCCCCCAAAGCUUGUGAGAAUUUCACCAAAUUCUGUGAAGGUGUUAAUAUUGAAGGAAAGUUUUAUUCUUACAAAAAGAGUAAAUUCACUAAAUACAAGCCUAAUGGUUGUAACUUAAUUUAAAUUAUAGGGUUUCUUCAAGGAGGUUAGUUUGACAAAAAGGUAUCCAUAUAUGGAGGAUAUUUUGAGGAUGAAUCUUAUGCUUUGAAACAUGAUUGUGAAGGUAUCAUAGGAUUUGCGAAUGAUGGAUUUUAGCAUACAAACCAUUCUUAAUUUUAUAUUACUUUAGCGGCCAUGCCCUUCUUUGAUUAUAAGAGAGUGGCAUUUGGCAAAAUAAUAAGAGGCAUGAAAUAAAUAUUAAAGGUUUUGAAAUAGGAAUAACACACUGAUAUUGUAAUCUACGAUUGUGGUCGUUAUGAUCAUUAGGCUUAAAUUAGAUUGAAAUUAGAAAAAUUUACAGACGACUUUUAUUCGAAUAUACCAGAAAAUACAUAAUCAUUUAAUAAGUUCAUUGAAGCAGAACAAUUAAAACACAAUGAAGCGUCGGGGGAUUUCACUUAAUUAGUUAAAUACCUAGUUGAAUAAAUGAGAAUUAUAUCUAAAUUCGUAUAUUCACUAACAGGUCUUAAGAAGGCCAUUCAAUAGUUGAAUGAGUCAUUCCUUAAAACAUAAUAUUGUCAAAUUCUAUAUAUACUAGAUAAUUAAUAGACUUUAUAAGCAGAGAAUCAAUAAUCAAAAUAUAUUGUUGCCUUUCGAGCUGUAGAUGGCACAGAUUCAUGUAGAGCUUCAGCAUUUAUAAUAUUUAAGAAAUAAACUACAGUUUUUAAGUAAGUAACUUUGAGUGAUUUUAAAUAAUAAGCAGAAUAAAUAGCAUGUAUGGGUUAUUGUGUAUAUGGUUAAACUACUCAACUUGUAUUUGGAACUGGAUACAACCUGAGCAUGUUUACUCUAUAGAAUAAUGAUUUUAAGUUAUAAUAAUAGGAGUUGCAAAUACCAAAGAAAGAAACCUUCUACUCUAAUAAUAUCAAAGAUGACUUCUUACAAAAUAAAAUUAUAGCUAAUCUCCCAACUAAGGUUAUGAGAUAUACAGAUAGUAUUUUUACCACCCUCCAUCGAGUUGUACGUCUUGGCGGUUUGGCGAUGUAUAAGGAGGUCUCCAUUUUCGAGGCCAUUAUCUGUGCAUUUACUCUAGCCAGGUCAUGGGGAUGGUCGUUCUGUGAUGGAACAACUACUUUCAAUCAAAUUAAAAUUAGAGACAUCAAUUAGUUAACAUAUCUAUAUCUUGGGUAAUAGAAAUGGAUCUAAAAAAUAGAGAACCAUUUCCUAUCAAUAGUUUGA